AAGAGAGUCCACUGGACCCACAAAGAUUGUGUUCAGCGAGCUUAAGUUAGCAGCUCUUGUGUUUUGCUAAACUAUCAGUGUUGUGCUGUUUUCACUCACUUCCUCUUUGCCCUGCUGGUUAUUUCUGUAUUUAGUGUGAAUCUCUGCGGUGAACAGAGUCCAGCAUUAAAGGACCAGCUGGCAGUUCAGUGUAAACCGCUCCUGCUUUAAUGUCCGGUUUAUACCAGAGCAGAGCUGAGUGUGAAACGUUGUUUAGUUCACACAUUUAACAGGCUGCAGUAUUAGUAUUUCUUUUUGUGAUCUGACUCUUAUUUGGUACUGAAUACUUCUCUAGUUCAGCAUUUAAAAAACAUCUUGGAUUAUCUUUGAAAGAAGACAGCUUCCUGAUACUUAAAAUCACUUACAAAUGUUUCUCCUCAUACUCCUUUGUUGCAGUGCUGCUCUGGUGACCCAGGCUGAGAAGCCGGUGGUGAUAGAGGUCCAGCCUGGAGGAAAUGCCACUCUGCCUUGUGGGAUUUCUGUAAAUACGGAGGUUUACUGGUUUUCCCUGCAGUCAGACCACAUACCAGUCAGAGUCAUGGACUUGAAAUUUAGCCGUGAGCAUAUCGAAAGACCUGCUCCUGUUAACAUCAAAGAUGAAUACAGAGGGAGGCUGUUUCCUGUUGAUGAGUCUGGCAGACACAGUCUGCAGCUGAAGAACAUUACUGAGGCAGAUCUGCUGAUCUACUGCUGCCUCCAAAGCAAAAGUCUAAAGUUUGAAAACUGUACAAAGCUGAAAUUCACAGGCCAUCCUGGAAGCCAGUCCACUCCCCACUCUCUCCAGCACACGACCCCCCAGCCUAGUAACUCUGCCCUCCUGCCUUGGAUUCUCCUGCCUUGUGUUGCCCUUCUCACUGCUACCAUCUCAUCACUCUGCUGCUAUUUCUGCCAUAACCAAGCGCCGCUGAGGAAGAGCUCUGACUCACAGCAGAGGGGAAGCAGGACCAGCCGACACGAUCAGGAAAGAAAUGAUGAGGUCCAAUAUGUAUCAGUGAAUUUCAAAUCACCCAAGCAGCAAGACCAAACAAGAGAAAGAAAUGAACAGGAUACUGUCUAUGCCAGAAUUAAGUGACAGGGAGGUUUAUUCCUGAGCACCAAACAGAAAAUGGGCAUAAGGAAAGAUUCAUAAUGUGGUUGUUAUUGAUUCUGACGAUAUUGAAUUUAUUGGAAAUUUAAUUUGCCAAGAUUAUUUUGUUAGUGAUGACUAACUAAGCAUUUAAUAAAAACCAGAUAUAUGUCUCCAC